AUGGAGAUCGGUGAUAUUAAAAAAGUUGCGAAUAGAAAACGAAUGAAUACAGAGGUUGAAAAACUAAGAGAAAAAGUUGCGCAGGAGACCACUAAAAUUAUUAAGUUAAAGGUUGCUCAAGACACAGCGUACUGGGACUUAAAAGAGAAGCUGCAGCAGGUUGAGAACAACCAUGAGCGUUUGCAGCAGAACAUGGUGGAAGUGCAAAUGCAGCACGAAGCCAUCUCCGGACAGUAUCAGGAUGAAUUGAGGCUGCGACCGGAGACGCUCAAUAAAUUGAGUAGCACCCGGGAGAUCUGCGAUGUUUUGGAGGACUACAGCGAGCGUCUGAAGGAAACUCUCUCUCGUUGCAAGACCGACCAAAUCGCUCUCUACGACGCCUAUCAGAAAUCCGGACAACUCGUCCGAGAUAUCAAGUUUAAGCAGCAACAAGCUGACGAAAAAGCAAAUCAAAUGAUUGAGAGUCUGCAAGAUAAACUGAACAUUACAAGCAACCACCAGAACCAACUGCUGCAGUUCUUCACGGCAGCGAAACAGCAAACCGAAUCAGAGUUGAGUGAUGUGAAAGCCAAGCUAACGGUCGCACAGACUCAGAAGGACGAGCUUCUCGCUUCUGUCGCCGAACUGAACAGAAGUAUAGAUAAAUACAAAAACGAUUUAAUGAAGAGAGACGAAAUGAAUACGAAUCUUCAAGAGGAAAUUAAGAGAAAUAAAGAAGAGUACAACCAUCAGUGUUCUGAAGCACGCAACAUCAUUGCUAAACAAGAAAGGCAAAUUAAGGAAGCAAGCGAGGCAUAUGCAUCACUUAAGCAAGCGCUGAGCAACCAAGAGCAGUUCACACAGAGCGUGUGCGGGGAAAGGAACGCGCUACAAGAGAAGGUAGCCGCGUUGGAGGAGGAGCAGCAAGGCCUCGUCGCCGCUAUGAACGCCCUCAAAAUGCAGCUUGUGGAUGCUUCCACAGCCAAUACAAAUAAACAACAACAAUUAGAAAAACUGACAGAAGAGAAAAAUAACCUAGAAAAGGAUUUGUUUGAUUAUGUUCAGCAAUCAACCAAUAGCAAGCAACAAAUACAAGACCUUCAGACGCAAAAAAAUACAUUGGCAAACGAAAAGUUAGACAUUGCGCAAGAACUACGUAGAGCUGUGGAAGACUCCGAGCGAAAAUCAGCUAAAAUUGAAGAACUAAUUUCCGAAGAGAAUGUAUUAAAGAAGAAAAUUACUCAAACUGAGAACGCUUUUAACUCAUAUAGAGAAGCUACCGAAGAUAAAAUUAAUACCAUGCAAACUAAAUUACAAAAUAAGGAUAAAGAAAUAGAUUCCAAAGCGGCUACAAUUAACCUCCUCAUGUCGGAAGUGAAGGCCGGCACUGACGCCCGCUCCCAGUUGGAAGGGACCGUGCAGAAGUUGAAUAAAGACUUGGAAGCUGAGAGGGAAGCGGGAAAGGAGAAGGAAGGGAAGUUAGGGAAACAGAUCGAACACCUGGAGACUUCAGUUAGAGACAAGGAAGACGAGCUCUCCAAGCAAAUGUCUAUCAUACUGGAGAUGAGAAAUGAAAAGGAGCGUCUCCUGGAUAAGAUCCAGGGCAUGCAGCAGACUAUCGACAAUAUCCAGAAGGAGUUGACAGGGCGGUUGGGCCAGUUGCCUCAGGCUCAGCGGGACCCACCUGAGAUGGACGACAACGCGGUCAUGCUCUCGCCCUCUAAUGAGAAAAACACACCGAACUCUCCAAUCAUCCAAAAGAAACCGAAAUUUGCAGUGCCGCGGACUGAUCCUAAGCAACUGGAGAGCAUGGUGUUCAAUUUGUUUAGCGACAGCAGCGUGGAUGGGGACACGAUCGACGAAUCGGAUGUGGAGCGUCGGUUUGCAGCGCUAUCUCGCGGUGAACGCGUGGCACCCAAACCUUUAGCUGCUUUUAAGCGACGUUCUCGUUUAAUGCCUGCUAACGCGCCGUUAUCCAUUUCUCAAGUUAGGAAUGAAUUAAAAACUAAAGAACGCACCUUUUUCAAGCACAAGCGUGUGGAUAAAAAUGAAAAAGUAAAAUAA